AUGGAGAUUGCUUAUAGCACCCAGUUAACUGUUGUUGUUGAUAUAAUUAGAUAUCUUCUGGGACAAGGCUUAGCUUUUCAUGGACAUGACGAGUCAUCACAAUCUGUGCAUCGAGUACAUGUUAGUGAUACUUGUUCGCAAUCUUUGAAAAAUGCUAUUGAUGAGUUUUUUGCAAAGAAUUGGUUGUCAUUAUCAAGACUAAGAGGUCAAGGCUACGAUGGUGCAUCUAAUAUGCGAGCUUGCCUUGAUCCUUCAUUUGCUAGCUUUGAUCUUGAACAGAUAUUCCACAUGGCUGAGUUGUACUCAGAUGACUUUACCAGGGAGAAUCUAAUGGAAUUGAGAUUACAACUUCGAUCCUACAUUCAUUAUGUGCGAAGAGAAUCAGAUUUCUCAAAUCUUUCUGACAUUGAAGGUCUUGCAAAUAAGAUGGUUGAGUUCAAAGCUGAUACUGCUUUUUAUUUGAUAUAUCGGCUUAUAGUAUUAGCAUUGGUCUUGCCCGUCACAACGGCAACAGUCGAAAGAUCUUUUUCUGCUAUGAAGAUUAUAAAGAUUGAUUUGCGGUUGAGCAACAAAACUUCAGUAUUGGUGGUCGAGGAAACCUGA